AUGCCGCCUCGAAAGAGGCCCUCGGCUUCUGCAGCCAGUCAAGGCCGACGGCCCUCGCAGAUGAAUCACCAGCAAGAAGCGGAUGCCCUGAAAGCGAAGCAGGCCUCAGCCCAAGAACAGGCUUCAUCAACCAUGCCUGCCAAUGCGAACAAUGUAGCCGACGACGACUAUGUGAAGUACCAGCAUCGUGAUCCCUUCGAUGCGCUUUUGGAGCCCUUCUACUACAAUAAGUCCUUGACCGAUCCUAUCGAUACUGCGAAGGACAAGUGGAACCUGCUCCCUGCCUUCUUGAAAGUCAAAGGUCUCGUGAAGCAGCACAUUGACUCAUACAACUAUUUUGUCGAAGUGCAGCUGAAAAAGAUCGUGGAAUCCAGCGGAGUGAUUCGCAGCGACAUCGACCAUCAGUUCUACAUCAAGUUCACAAAUAUCUAUGUCGGAUCCCCUCGGCGCGCAGACGAAUCUCAGGAUGGUGGUAUUGACUUCCAGUCUGAUGUUACUCCACAGGAGUGUCGACUUCGCGACACUACCUAUGCUGCACCAAUUCUGGUUGACUUUGAGUAUGUUCGCGGGCGGCAACGAGUCGUGAGGAGAGGCGUUGCCAUCGGAAGAAUGCCGGUAAUGCUGCGAAGUUCCAAGUGUGUACUGGCCAACAAGACGCCAGCGCAGAUGACCCUUUGCAAUGAAUGUCCGCUGGAUCCCGGUGGUUAUUUUGUCGUGAACGGAACAGAAAAGGUUAUCUUGGUUCAGGAGCAGCUGAGCAAGAACCGAAUCAUUGUGGAGACGGAUCCAAAGAAAGAAAUUGUCCAGGCCUCAGUGACUAGUUCUUCCAAUGAGCGCAAAUCGAAGAGUUACAUCGUGUUGAAGAAGGAUCGACUUUAUGUCAAGCACAAUGUUCUCAGCGAGGAUCUUCCCAUCGUUGUGAUGUUGAAAGCUAUGGGAAUCCAUACUGACAAGGAGAUGUUGCAAAUGGUAGCAGGAUCUGACAGCCUCUACCAGGAUGAUUUUGCUAUCAAUUUUGAGGAGGCUGUCAACUUGGGAAUUUACACCCAGCAGCAAGCCUUGGACUGGAUGGGUUCUCGGAUCAAGAUCAACCGCAAGACCGGCGCAUACCGCAGAACCCACGUACAAGAGGCAGUUGAAGCCAUUGCAUCAGUCAUUAUCUCCCAUAUUGAAGUCAAGGAUAUGAACUUCCGACCCAAGGCCAUCUAUGUCGCUAACAUGGCACGUCGUGUUUUGAUGGCUAAGAAUGACCCUGCUAUGGUAGAUGAUCGUGAUUACCUCGGAAACAAGCGUUUGGAAUUGGCCGGUCAGAUGUUGGCUCUUCUAUUUGAAGAUCUUUUCAAGAAAUUCUGCUUCGACAUCAAAUUGAAUAUCGACAAGGUCCUGAACAAGCGCAAUCGAGCGGAGCAAUUCGAUGCAUGGAGUGUUGUUAGCAUGCACGGCAAUCACAUCACCCAGGGUAUGAACCGAGCAAUUUCAACAGGUAACUGGAGUCUGAAGCGUUUCCGUAUGGAACGUGCUGGUGUUACUCACGUCUUGAGUCGACUGAGCUAUGUCGCUGCUCUUGGUAUGAUGACUCGUAUUAGCAGUCAGUUUGAGAAGACUCGAAAAGUCAGUGGUCCCCGUGCCUUGCAGCCAUCGAACUUCGGCAUGUUGUGUCCAGCAGAUACCCCCGAAGGAGAAGCUUGUGGUCUGGUCAAAAACUUAGCUCUCAUGACACAUAUCACCACCAACGAUGAAGAAGGCCCAGUACGAAACCUGAUUUUCAUGCUGGGUGCGGAGGAUAUCUCGACCGUCAGUGGAAUGCAGCUUUAUGCGGCAGGAACAUACACAAUCUCCAUCAACGGUACACCAACUGCUUUGACCAGGCGGCCGAAGAAUUUCCUGAACUCCUUCCGCAGGUUACGACGCAUGGGUAGGAUUUCCGAGUUCGUCAGCAUCUACAUCAACCACCAUCAGCGCGCUGUUCAUGUCGCAACUGAUGACGGUCGUAUUUGUCGACCACUUAUUAUCGUCGAGGACGGCAAAUCUCAAGUCACACGCCACCACUUGAAAAAGUUACGGGAUGGCAGAAUGUCUUUCGAUGACUUCCUCGCCCAGGGUCUGGUUGAAUAUCUUGAUGUGAACGAGGAGAACGACUCAUACAUCUCCAUUUACGAAAAGGAUAUCAAUGAAGCCACGACUCAUCUUGAGAUUGAGCCCUUCACUGUCCUUGGUGCAGUUGCUGGUCUUAUUCCCUACCCUCAUCACAACCAAUCUCCUCGAAACACUUACCAAUGUGCCAUGGGUAAACAAGCCAUUGGUGCAAUUGCCUCCAACCAGUUCCAGCGCAUUGAUUCAAUUCUUUACCUCAUGGUGUACCCACAAAAGCCUAUGGUCAAGUCCCGAACCAUCGAGUUGAUCAAGUACGAUCAACUUCCUGCUGGACAGAACGCCACUGUCGCUGUCAUGAGUUACUCUGGUUACGAUAUUGAGGAUGCCCUGGUACUGAACAAGGGCUCGGUCGAUCGUGGAUUUGGACGUUGCCAGUACGAGAAUGAUGCCCCGAUCCGCAAGCAUGCUCUUUUGGACCACGAUGGUCUAGCUGCCGUGGGAGAACUAGUCAGUGCGGGUGAGGUUUAUAUCAACAAGGCCACACCUGACCAGGCCCACGCCACUGGUUUCAUGGGCUCUGAUACUGGAACCACUAAUUACAACCCUGCUCCUAUGACCUACAAGUUACCUGAUCCCGCAUACAUCGAUAAAGUCAUGGUCUCUGCCACAGAGGGUGAGACUCAGCUCCUUAAGAUUUUGACCCGACAGACUCGCCGUCCUGAGGUAGGCGACAAGUUCUCCUCCCGUCACGGACAGAAGGGUGUCGUUGGUAUCAUUGCCGACCAGACCGACAUGCCUUUCACCGAUUCAGGCAUCAACCCCGACAUUAUCAUGAACCCGCACGGUUUCCCCUCGCGUAUGACAGUCGGGAAAAUGUUGGAGUUGGUUGCUGGUAAAGCCGGUGUACUCUCUGGAAAACACGGCUACGGAACUUGCUUCGGUGGCACUCCCGUCGAAGAGACGUCACAGAUGCUUAUCGACAAGGGUUUCAGUUAUGGUGGUAAAGAGUUCCUCACGUCUGGUAUCACUGGCGAGCCUCUCCCCUUCUAUGUCUUCACUGGCCCUAUUUACUACCAGAAGCUUAAGCACAUGGUUCAAGACAAGAUGCACUCGCGUGCUCGUGGUCCCAAGGCAACCCUGACUCGCCAACCUACUGAGGGUCGUUCGCGUGAUGGUGGUCUCCGUCUCGGUGAGAUGGAGCGUGAUUGUCUUAUUGCGUACGGAACCAGCCAGCUUCUCUUGGAACGUCUUAUGAUCUCCUCUGAUCGCCAUGAGGUCGAUAUUUGUGAGAAGUGUGGUUUCAUGGGAUUCCUGAACUGGUGUCCUGGCUGUAAGUCUACUCGCUCUGUCACGAAGAUGGUCAUUCCCUACGCUGCCAAGCUUCUCAUUCAGGAGCUACUGAGUAUGAACGUGGCUGCACGACUCAAGUUGGAUGACGAAUUCCCAGAGAUGAAGGGCUGUUAA